AUGGAGGAUGCUCUGUCGCAGGACCCGCACGUGGUCCGCCUGCUCGACCUCAAGCAGGGCGUCAACAAGGAGGGGCAGACCAUCCUGUACCUCAUCUUCGAGUACAUGGACACCGACCUAAAGAAGUUCAUCCGGGGCUAUCACGCCAACCACGAGAAGAUCCCCGCACAAACCGUCAAGAUCCUGAUGUACCAGCUGUGCAAGGGCGUGAGUUUUGUUCACGGCCGCGGGGUGCUCCACCGUGAUCUGAAACCGCACAACCUACUCAUGGACCGCAAGACCAUGGCGCUCAAGAUCGCUGAUCUCGGACUCAGCCGUGCCAUCACCGUCCCUGUAAAGAAGUACACGCACGAGAUUCUGACGCUGUGGUACAGGGCGCCCGAGGUUCUUCUUGGCGCCACACACUACUCCACGCCGGUUGACAUUUGGUCCGUGGGCUGCAUAUUUGCUGAGUUGGUUACUAAUCAGCCACUUUUCCCUGGCGACUCCGAGUUACAGCAGCUCCUCCACAUCUUCAAGUUGCUGGGCACCCCAAAUGAGGAGAUGUGGCCAGGAGUAGGCAAGCUGCCGAACUGGCACGUGUACCCCCAGUGGAAGCCCACUGAGCUGUCCACUCUUGUCCCUGGUCUUGACUCCGAUGGCUAUGAUUUACUUGAGUAUCUGACCGAGAACAAUUAUUUCAUGAUGAUUGGGGCUAUCAUGAAACCUAUCACCAUUGACACAGGUUUCAGGAUUCAGGCUAUCCUUGCAUUCUUAUCCAUGGAAUUCGAUUUGGCUGAUACUGACAUUGGGCUUCAAUAUUUUGUUAAAUCUUUAUGA